AUGAACCUAAACCUAAACGUAAUAUUUUUUAUAAUUCUCUUGUCGCCGUCAAGCUGUAACGAUUCUCAAUCCUCCACUUUGAUUCUCUCCAGUGGCCAAGCUUGUUGGGUUUCUCAGUACUCCACUUCGAUUCUCUCUCGCGGCCAAGGAGCUUCGAGCCGCGGCCAAGCUUGUCGGUUUGGAUUACGAGAGACUGAUAAUGUCUACUUGGAGGAAAGUGUUGCAAUGUUUCUUGAAGCGGUUGGUCAAGAUAAAACUAAGCGGGUUCUUGCAGACAGAUAUCAAAGGUCACUAGAUACAAUACAAAGAAAACUUGAUGAAGUUUUGAGUGCUCUUCUCAAGUUUGCAGCUGAUACGCUUAAGCCAGAAGAAGGAGAAUUCGCAAGGGUAAACCCUAUCUUGAGGAAUGAUGACCGUUAUUAUCGAUAUUUUAAAGACUGCAUUGGAGCACUUGAUGGAACUCACAUCUCAGUUCGUCCUCCAAGUCACAAUGCAGAAGCAUACAGAGGUAGAAAGCAAGAACCGACAAUGAAUGUCCUUGCUAUAUGCAACUUCAAUAUGAUGUUCAUAUAUGCAUAUGUUGGUGUACCAGGUCGAGCACAUGAUACCAAAGUGUUGACUUAUUGUGCAAAGGAAGAGCCUAAUUUUCCACAUCCUCCUAAUGGAAAAUAUUAUUUGGUUGAUUCUGGAUAUCCCACCAGGACAGGUUAUCUUGGCCCGCAUCGUCAAGUUCGAUAUCAUCUUGAUCACUUUAACAGAGGAGGGCCGCCAACAAACACUAGAGAAUUGUUUAAUCGGAAGCAUUCUGGUUUAAGAACAGUGAUUGAACGGACCUUUGGAGUAUGGAAAGCAAAGUGGAGAAUACUAGAUCGAAAGCAUCCAAAGUAUGGUUUGACUAAGUGGAUGAAGCUUGUUGUUGCAACCAUGGCACUACAUAAUUUCAUACGUGAUUCACAUCGAGAGGAUUUUGAUUUUGUUCAUUGGGAGAGAAUAGAAGAAUAUCAUGCUCAUGGUGAUAAUGUUGACGGUGAUAAUGUUGACGGUGAUACCUCUCAUGGUGAUGGUGAUGAUGAUGAAGAUGAAUCACCUGAUGAUAGUAGUGAUGAUGAUGAUCAUGCUCAUGGUGGAUAUACUCCUUAUGAACCAACAGGUGAUAGAGUUAUGGAAAGUGUACGUGACUACAUUACAAAUGAGAUGGGUAGAGGAGGUCGUUUGCCAUACUAG